CGCUCCCGACACGGCACCACACGCCACACCGAUACCGAGGGAGGUGGAACAAAAGCCGGUAGAGCCAGGCGAUGCCGCGCCGGCUCGGUGGGAAAGCGGCCGGCCGCCGCGGGUAACGCGCGGGGGGUAGGCAGGAACCGGGCGCGACCGUAUCUCCGAGACGUCGAGGGAAAGAGGAGAGGAGAGAGAGAGAGAGGACGGAGCGAGAAGCCGCGGAGCGUCUGAGCCCCCCCCUCCAUCCAUCCACCCACCGCACACACCCCCCACCCACCCGCGUAAGGACGGCGGCCCGCUCCGUGGUGCGUAGGGCCAUGUCGCGACGGCGACAGGCAGAGCCCCUCUGACCGCUCUCGGGGCUCCAUGUCCCCUUUUGUUAUUUCUUUUUCUUUUUCUUUUUUUUGGUAAUUUUUUUUUUCCUCCUUUGAUUUCUUUUUGGGAAAAAGCACUUUGACUCCUGACUGCUCUACCUCAGACCUGAGAAAAACUCAUCACGCUCGCUUUUUGGCGGUUGGUUGUUUGUUUUUUUUUUUCCCUUUAUUUUUUUUCUUUUUUAAUUUUAAAAUUUUUAGUCCUUGUUGGUUUAUUGUUGUUAUUAUUAUUAUUAUUAUUAUCGUUGCUGUUGCGAUUGGUAGCGGACGGGACUCUGCGAUGGUGUGAAGCUCUGAUCUCCUCGGGCUUCUGGGGUAGUUUCUCCUCUGUAUCCCUCCUAGGACACUUCAACGAAGAUUUUUUUUUUUCCCCCUUCUUCCUCCCUUUUUCUCCUCCUUUGCUUCUCCGAGGCUUUUUAAAACAAACACACGCGCACACACACAAAAAUAAUAAUCAAUCAAACAAACAAAAAAAGCAAACCUACGCCGGUGUCGUCUUUUUUUUUUUUUCAAACGAUUUUGUUGGUUUUAAUUAAUUUUUUGGGGUGGUUUGGUUUUGUUUUGUUUUUGCUUGACACCUGGGAAUCAACACCCCCCCCACCCUCAGAAAUAACCAAAGACAAUGGUUCACUGUGCAGGCUGCAAAAGGCCAAUCUUGGACCGGUUUUUGUUGAAUGUACUGGACAGGGCUUGGCAUGUGAAGUGUGUUCAGUGCUGUGAAUGUAAAUGCAAUUUGACAGAGAAAUGCUUUUCGCGAGAAGGCAAGCUUUACUGCAAAAACGACUUCUUUCGGUGUUUCGGGACCAAGUGUGCGGGCUGUGCCCAGGGCAUCUCCCCCAGCGACCUGGUCCGCAGGGCGCGGAGCAAAGUGUUCCACUUGAACUGUUUUACGUGUAUGAUGUGUAACAAGCAACUCUCUACCGGCGAGGAGCUCUACAUCAUCGACGAAAACAAGUUCGUCUGCAAAGAAGAUUACCUAAACAACAGCAAUACUGCCAAAGAAAACAGCCUGCAUUCAGCCACCACCGGCAGUGACCCCAGCCUGUCCCCCGACUCCCAAGACCCUUCCCAAGACGAUGCCAAGGACUCGGAAAGCGCCAACGUGUCCGACAAGGAAACGGGCAGCAACGAAAACGACGACCAGAACCUGGGGGCCAAGCGACGGGGCCCUCGCACCACCAUCAAAGCCAAACAGCUAGAGACUCUGAAAGCCGCCUUCGCGGCCACCCCAAAACCCACCCGGCACAUCAGGGAGCAGCUGGCACAAGAGACCGGCCUCAACAUGCGGGUCAUCCAGGUCUGGUUCCAGAACCGGCGCUCCAAGGAGCGGCGCAUGAAGCAGCUGAGCGCGCUGGGUGCGCGGCGCCACGCCUUCUUCCGCAGCCCGCGCAGGAUGCGGCCGCUGGUCGAUCGGCUAGAGCCCGGAGAGCUCAUCCCCAACGGACCCUUCUCCUUCUACGGAGAUUAUCAGAGUGAGUAUUACGGCCCUGGAAGCAAUUAUGAUUUCUUCCCACAAGGACCUCCUUCAUCUCAAGCGCAGACCCCCGUGGACCUCCCGUUCGUGCCCUCCUCAGGGCCAUCAGGCACUCCCCUGGGGGCCAUGGACCACCCCCUGCCCGGACAUCACCCCUCCAGUGAGGCUCAGCGCUUCACUGACAUCAUGUCGCACCCCCCAGGAGACUCACCCAGUCCCGAACCCAACCUGCCCGGGUCCUUGCACUCCAUGUCUGCGGAAGUCUUUGGUCCCAGCCCUCCUUUUUCUUCGAUAUCCGUCAACGGUGGUGCUAACUAUGGCAAUCACUUGUCACAUCCACCAGAAAUGAACGAAGCAGCUGUGUGGUAGCUUUAAAACAAACUGGGUCUAAGUAAGUGAUGAUCAUCUAGUCUGCUUAUUGUUAUGGUGUACAGAAAUGAAUACAUAUAACAUCUCUCCUGCCCUAAGACAAUAUUUCCUUGGGAACGAACUGAAUCCAAAUCGCUCCAAGGCAAGCUUUGCUCUAGACCAGGACAAUCUUCAUGUUAUGGUUGUAUCAGACAAGCAAGGGGACUCUUUUUGUACCAUUGACAAAGAAACUGGUGAAGCUGUGCAGUACACUGCUGCCAAUGCCGUAGGAUGGCGUUAAGUUUGAUUACCCUCUUUGGAUGUCAUCCUAAAGAGCCACAAUCCUUAGAAACUUCUCGUUUUAAAAACAAACAAACAGAAUUAAUAACUGAAUGAAGGAAAGGUCAAAGAAAAAGGGGGAGAAAAAGCCUCAAGAACUCUAGCGGUCCCGGUUAAGGAUGGUUCUGGCACUCUGAAUUUGUUCAUUUUUGUCUCUCAGAAAGCUCGACAACAAGAAACUCUUUUUAGCUGCAGCCAUCUCAGCCUGCUGACGAUCAGGUGGGACAACUUUCUUUUUGGUUUUUGGUUUUUGUUCGUUUGUCUCUUUUGUUUCCGUUCUGUUUUUUGCGAGAAUAGCAAAUGCUAAAUGUUAAAGCCCUCAGCACCAACUCUUCUACCUUCACAAAGCUACACGUACAAAAGCCUCCUCAUCAUAGCAAGGGUCACCACCCAGACCUCUAACGAAAAUGACUUGAAAAAACAAAAACAAAAACAAAAACAAAAACAAAAAAAACCACAAAGUAUUCUACCUUCACAGAGAGAGAGAGAGAGAGAGAAAAGCUAAACAAAAAGACUCUAUUGAACUAAAAAAAAAAACAGUCAACUGUUUACGUCUAACGUUAAAUUCAGGAGCUCAAUGUUUUACUAAUAAAUCCUGUUUUAGAACCUCUUGUUCAAGAAAAAAAAAAAAAAAAGAAGCAAAAUAUUUUGAGCAACCAACCAAAAUCGUUCGUUUUUUCCCUUUUCUGUCGAUGUUCUGAUUGCAGGGCUUGUGGUUCACUGUGCUAGUUUGUAAAAAGGUGUUGUUUACAGAAGGCAAAGACAAACCCCCCCACAAAACCCAGACAGUUGCCAAAUAAAGUAAGUCGAUAGCACAACUACUGUAAGGUGCUUUGCACCAGCAACCCCAGAAGGUAUUUAAAAAGUGUUAACAACAAACAGACAUCUUUGCUAAUUUUUAGUCCUGUUGAACAUUCAUGGGAUUGUUAAUAUGACUUAUAUAGACCCACACAGGUUUUAUUUUUGUGUCUUUAAAAUAAUGAAGAAAAAAAAAAGUCCAAAAUAUUUAAAUUUUAUGGUCAAAUAUGCAGUCAACAGCUGCUACUUUUUUUUUUCCCCCUUUAUAUAUUAAAUUUUCUCAUAUGUCUUUUAUUGUUCUAAUAAACCUAAGCUUGUGUGACCUCCAGUGCAUAUUAGACCAUUCACUGUAUGAAAGGAAACAUGUUGGAUAAAAUUUGUGCGUUUUUAAUAAAAUUAGAAAAUCUGAUGUUUAGAUAA